AUGGCUCCUUCGGAAGAAACCAUUUUGAGUAACUUCUUGCUGUCGCCGGCGCCGCUGCCGACGAUCAUGUCCUUACAGAAGUUCACUGAGCUCUUCCCAAAGCGCCUGCGGAACCAUCCUCACAUACGCUCUCUGUACCGAGAGCUUCAGCAGGUUCGGGACCAUGAUAUGGACCAGGUCAAUGAAAACAUCGACCAGGAGAUAAAACAGGGCGAGCGGCAGAAAGCCGAACUUCGUGCGGCCCUACUGGCAGCUGGCGUGGAAGCUGCCGACGCCAAUGAGCAGCGCGAAAUCGAUUUGGAUCUCCAUCUGUUCGCUCAAACACCGGCGACCAACCCAGAAGACUACCACUCGAUGGAAAGUCUUCUCACAGAAAUGGAGACUGCUUGUGCGCACAUUGAGCGCGAAAUCGCGAGCAUCGAUGAUGAAGCAGCCAAUCUGGUGAAAGAUCUCCAUACGACAGUCGGAGACUUGAGUGACCUUCGCUACGGCAAACUCCAGGGCCCUGCCGGCACAGCCAACAAUGUGGUCGGUGAGGCCAUUCGCGGCCUUGAGAAUCUUGAAGAGGCAUGCUACAAGGGGAGCAUAGGCCCUACCUCGUGA